AUGUCCUGUCCGUGCUCCCCCCCGUCCCCUGGUGACGCUUUCAAACUGAUAGAACCGGAGGUGAACGAUUGGGUUGAUGUUGCCAAUGACCUUUUAAGGUCCUGUCACAUAAACCAGCAGAUAAAACAUCUCUCUGAAUGUGGUGCUGAUGUGUUUGUUCGUCUCUAUGAGUCAAUCUUGGGAGAAAAAGUACCAGAUUUCAUAGCUACUCCUAGGAGCCAAGAGGAUGAUGCACAUAACGUACAAGCAGUAAUAGAUUCCCUGGCUUUGGACUAUUUGCAGGUCAGCUUGUCACACAUCACUGGGGAGAACAUUGUGAAAGGACAAAGGGAAUCGAUCAGAAACCUCCUUGAAAUAUUUGAUGGGUUGUUAGAGUAUCUUACAGAAGAAGUCAGCGAAUCUUCUCAGAAUGGAGAGGAGGCAGAUGUGCUGCCCAGUGGUGGAACCCAGGCUGCACCCCGGGAGCGGCUGGAAACUACCGCCAGCUGCCUGAAGGAGUUGCCACUCUUCUGCAGCUCCACCGUGUCCCAGUUGGAAUUUUUCGUUCCAUCUUACGAUGUAGACGGAUCAGAAUCUACCAGUGACUCAAUUAGACUUGGGGAUACUGCUCAUUCCUUUGCCAGGAGAGAGGAAGAAUUCCAGUUGCCUGAAUUGUUACCAGUAGAAAAGGACAAGCAGGUGGAAGAAUCUAAAAACUCAGAGGCUACUUCAGCAAAACCUAGACCAUUUUCUGGAACUGAAAGGGCCAUUGUAAAGGAAAAAGCUGGAUCAGUGGAGUCUGUUCCUGCUACUGAACCUCAAAAAGAGAGUCUGAGUGCCAGUGCUACAAAACUGGGGGAGCCCAUCCGGCAAGCGAUUCCUUUGCUGCCACCGUUCCAGCCUCUGGAGGCCAGACCCCGUCACCCUGGAUGGACAGACUGUCAGAGCCCAGGCAGCCAGUCAGCACCCUUGCCUAACAGUCACGGAGUGAAAAUUCCUACUCUUGAGAAAUCACAUACACAAAAGGCUGACAAUGUUUCUGGUAGUCUUCCUCUAUCAAGGAAAAUCCCUGUGGGAGACCAGAUGGUAUCCAAAGAUGCUGAGGACAAUGUGGCAAAGGUUCCCUGGGUAUAUGUGACUUCAUCUGCUUCCUCUUCACAUCAAGACCUCUCACUACAUGCUGAACAAGGGACACAAACUCCAAGACCUGAACCUAGAUGUCUGCCUAGAAAGAAAAGAUAUAAGGAUUCCACCACAGAUUCACUUGAAGAGUCUCUUUUCCCCACAACAACAAAGCAAAAGCUGUCUGAGCAAGAGCUUCAUCAAGUGUCAGAAAAACUCUGUCGCAGGUUAAAUGAACUGGAUUUAAUGUUGCAGAGCGCUUUGGGCAGGCACACUGGAGAAGAAGAGCUGACAGAUGAAGACAGCCUGUCCCAGCACAGUGACAGUGUCAUGGAUUAUCACCGAAGGAAGGCUGAGCGAGACACACCACAUCUGAGGUACCCAGGCAGACCACGAUCCCUUUCUCCCUCCUCACCUCCAUCUCAGCAUCAGCUCUCUUCUGAGCUGGAAGAUAAACUUUGCCAUAAUGGAACAGGCCAAAUAAGGAAAAUACGCAGCCAGCUGCAAAAAGAAAGGGAUGAAAGAACAAAAAAAUCAAAGAUGGUUGCUAAAGCUUAUGAAGAUGAACUAAAAAAUUUUGAAGCUAGAGAGAGGCUUAGACUUUCCAAGCUUGGAGAAGUCAUCAAGGAAUUGGAACAAGAAUACAAAGAAAACAUCUUUCAAGAACCUCCAAAAAUGCCUCAGUCAGUGAAAGUUUAUUCUAGAAAAACCACACCUCGGAAUCCCAAAUACAGCCAGUGGAUUCCAAAACGAGGGACUGUGAAGCCAAAGAAAGCAGCUCCAAUGAGAGUAAGAGAUGAUGACCUCCUAUUUCAGCUGCUGGAAGAGUUUCCCCACCUGCAUAUUUCCCACCAUACUAUGAAUAAAAUGUGGCAGCAGCAGCUUGCACAUACUGAACAACUUAAGGCAGCUUCUGGCAGAACUAGACCAAAACUCCAAAAUGAAGUUCAACAAGCCCUGAAGAAGCAUGAGCUUCUUGUUGCUAUGAUUAAAAAAGAUCAAGACCAUAACAAGAGACUGGUAUCAGUGCAGCGUCUCUGCCGGCAGCAGUGGGCGCAGAGGAAGCUGCGGGAGCGGCGGCAGCAGGCGGCGCGGGCCCGGCGCUACCACGGGGAGUACCGCGCUCAGCUGCGCGCCAGGAUGGCGCGGGCUCGGACGCGGGAGGAGAGGAUAUUUAAAAACUUAUUUGAAGAAGGCUUAGAAAUUCAGAAGCAAAGACUGAAGGACCUGAGAGCAUACGCUCAAGAGAAGCGUGAGGAGCAAAGGAGAGAGCAUCAAAACGAGCUGGAGUCUAUGGAGAACUAUUACAAAGAUCAGUUUUCCAUGCUAGCAGAAGCUUUAUCUCAAGAACGCCAAGAAAUCCAAACCAGAGAGAAAGCACAAGCACAAAUGCUGCAGAAAACAAAAAGAGACUUGAGGUCGAGGAUGGAAAAGGAAAUACAGCAACUGCAAGCAGCAAUAAUGCAAAGUGAUGACGACACCUUUUUUCAAGAACUAGAGGCAGACAGGCUGAAAGCUCGCCUGCAGAUGGCUUCCUUCCAGUACAGCAAAGGCCACCUGCUGUGA